CGAGAUCUAAAGAUUUGAGAAACGACUAUGAAUUCGGACUUAAGGUUGCAGCGCCAUUUUCACUGGUUUAUAAUUCUUUCUUUAGUGGAGCAGGAGUGAUUCAAGAUGGCGAAAGUAAAGUGUUCUGAGUUAAGGACCAAAGACAAAAAAGAGCUGCUAAAGCAGCUUGAUCAGCUUAAAACAGAACUGACUACUUUGAGAGUAGCUAAAGUAACUGGUGGAGCUGCAUCAAAAUUGUCAAAAAUUCGUGUUGUAAGAAAAGCAAUUGCACGAGUAUAUAUUAUUAUGCAUCAGAAACAAAAGGAAAAUCUUCGCUUGUUUUACAAGAACAAGAAAUACAAGCCGCUUGACUUAAGACCGAAAAAAACAAGAGCUCUUCGGCGUGCUCUUACGCCUUAUCAGGCGGGCAGGAAAACCCUAAAAGAGAUUCGCAAGCAAGCUGCAUUCCCGCAAAGGAAAUACGCUUUAAAAGCAUAGGUUGUAUAUUUGUAAUUAAUAUCGAAAAUAAAAUUCUUUUAAAAUAUA